AGCUGCUGAGAUAUUUCACAUAAGUCAACAACAUCGGUUCACGUUUGAAUUAGGUAUCCAAAGAUGGAUAAAAAGAAGAAAGUUGUGUAUCAAUUAGACACUCCAUAUUCGGCAGUAUCGUGGCCUAGUGUAACUCUUGAGGAUCAAGAAACACUCCUAGAAAUUUUAUGCGCUCUACUUGAGCCUUUGGGACGGCAUCGAUCAAAAUACAUACAACCAUCAAAAGGCCAACGUGAUAAAAAGAGGAAGCGCAAGGCGCCAAACACAGGUUCUAAGGAACUUGCGUCUCCUCCCAUUCCUGAACUGAGAACGUACGUUGAUGUUGGUCUAACAACUGUAACGCGUCACCUGCAGGAGAUGGCAUCUAAGGCACAUGGUGUGGAUUCUACCUUAGAAGAGAAACUCGCCAGUCAGGAAACAUCUUGUUCUCCCUAUUCGGUUAUCUUUGUAGCAAGAUCCGGACAGUCCAGUAUUCUCAACGGGCAUUUCCCUCAGAUGGUAGCUGUUGCCUCAAAAUCAAACCCUAGCCAAACACCCAUUAGGCUGGUAGGAUUAUCAAAGUCAUGUGAAGACCGCCUAUCUGAGUCUCUUUGCAUACCCCGUGUCUCCUGCAUUGGGCUCUAUGAAGGAGCCCCGAAUUCGAAGGCAUUGGUUGAAUUUGCGAGACAGCAUGUUCCACCCAUCGAAUCACAUUGGCUGCAAGAGGCAAGGCAAGCAGAAUAUCAAGAAACGACUAUCAACACGAUCGAGACAUUCAUAGGUAGCAAAAAGCAAAGCAACCAUAGGCUGCCCAAACCUUGAUUCUCAUUACCACUCAAGGUUUCCCGUCAAGAUGGAUAAUAUAUUUUAAUUACCAUCUUCUUUUUUCCUUGUUUGAUGGUACGUAAUAUUUCCAUCACUCACUUUUAGUCUGAUAUUUUCUGAGGCUAUUAUUCAUUGAAUACAUAACCCGAAAUACAAAUGCCUAACUACCCAGUUCCUUCUUUUUACGGUGUAUUUACACAGCUAUGGAGUCGUUGUCUUAAAUCUUUUAUCGUUAGACGUCCAGUUCUUUAGCCAGGAGUUCCGUUUGCAACGAGUGAUGAGACGGGGCCAGCUAGUCGGGCAUGAAUAUAUUUGAAUAUAUAUCCCAAACCAUACUAAGUACCUAGGUAUGUAUCAAAACGAGUCACUGUAUUGUGCCAGCUGCGAACCCUCUUCGACACCAGUUACCUAUAGCCGACUAUCCCUCCGGCAGUUACUAGGUACCUAUGUAUGAUAUUAUAAUUUCUCUACUAGAUACAUCCGCAGUCGCUACUUUUAGAUCGAAGUUUCCUUUCUACUUAAGCGGGUACGCAGCACUAAACGCAGUAUA